AUGAUUGGAGUAUUAAUUAUAACUUUACUUAUACUAUAUUUAAUAAAUUUUUAUAAAAAAGUAAAAUCACUACCACCAGGACCGUUACCAUUACCUUUUAUUGGAAAUUUAUAUUUAAUUGAUUUAAAACAAUUACAUUUAUGGAUUUAUGAACAAAAAAAAAUUUAUGGUAAUGUUUUUACAAUUUGGAUCCCACAUCCUCAGGUUGUUUUUGCUGAUUAUGAUUCAAUAGAUGAAAGUCUUCAAAAAAAUGCUGAUCAUUUUAUUGGAAGAAAUGUUAAUGGUUUUCCUGAAAAGACUUUUCAUGAAAAUGUCAAUGCUGGUGUUAUCAUGUCUGAAGGAGAGGAAUGGAAAGAUCAAAGAAGAUUAUCAAUACAAAUAUUAAGAAAUUUUGGAAUGAGUAAAACAAUAAUGCAAGAUAAGAUUCACCUUGUUAUUCAAGAUUCUUGGGAUUAUUUAGAAAGUUUAAAAAAUAAAAAUGAUGUUAAAAUUGAUAAAGUAAUUCAAUUGGCAGUUGGUAAUAUAAUCAAUUCAAUUUUAUUUGGUUAUAUGCAUACACAUAAUAAUAGUGAUUCAUUUUUUAAAUUUGUUUCUGCAUUAGAAUUAAGUAUUAAGACAAAUUCUAAAUGGGAAAUGAAACUUUUAUCAUUAAUACCUUCAAUUGAUAAAAUUCCAAUUAUAAAAGAUAUUUUAUAUAAACGUUUAGUAAAAGUACAAAGACAAUUAAGAGAAUUAUCAAAUAUUGAAUUAGAAAAAUGUUUGAAGACAUAUAAUUCAGAGGAGGAACCUACUAAUUUUAUACAUGCUGUUAUGAAAGAGAUGAAAGAAAAUGAUUCAAAGUAUAGUUAUCUAAAAUCUUAUCAUCUUCAAGCAUUAGUAUUAGAUUUUUGGAUUGCUGGAUUAGAAACAUCAGCCACAACCUUAAAAUGGUUUAUUCUUCUUAUAAUGAAACAUCAAGAUAUUCAAGAAAAAUUACAUGAAGAAAUAGAUAGAGUAAUUGGAAAAGAAAAUUUAGUACAAUUAUCUGAUAAAGUAAAUAUGCCAUACAUGAAUGCUUUUAUUUCAGAAGGUCAACGUUACAUAAAUAUGGUACCAUUUGUUCCUUCACAUAAAUGUACAAAAGAUACAAUAAUUAAUGGUUAUCUUAUACCUAAAGAUACAUUAACACAACCAUUUUUCUGGGGUGCAAAUAGAGAUGAAAAAUAUUUUAAUGAUCCAUUUACUUUUAAUCCAAAAAGAUUUUUAGAUGAUGAUGAAAAAACAUAUAAAAUAGAGCAUGAUCAUAUGAGUUUUGGAAAAGGAAAAAGAAUAUGUGCUGGUAAAAGUUUAGCAGAUGCUGAAAUAUUUUUAUUCUUUACAUCAUUCCUUCAAAAAUAUAAAUUUUCUCAUCCAAAUGGACCAGUAGAUUUAAGUUGUGAUUUUAGUGAUGUACUAUUACCAAGAAAAUAUACAUGCAAAAUUGAAAAUAGAUAA